AUGAAUGCUGUAUCCUACCUUACAAAUAGGGUGUUACCGCCUAAGUUCGAGGAGAAACACUCUGUGCCCGAAGAGACUGAUCCAGGAAUUACAGGACAAGCUGCGAAGACGGAAAAUAUAAAUUUAGGUCCCGGAUAUGAACAAUCUGAAAAGCCAGAAGCGUACAAAAACAUCUCGAAUCACUCUGUAGGUCCCUCAUCACGGACCAGGAAGUUGGCGAAUAUUACGUGGUCGAUACUAAUUUUUGUACCCAACCUUUUGCUGGUAAAGCCUGCACUGUUUUUCUGGUUUGUCGUGACAUUUCCGCUCAGCCUUGUUGAACGAUCCGGGAAAGAAAAGAGUAAAGCUGAGCUUCCAAUUGAAGCGGAAUCCACAGCAAUAGGGCACUCAACAGGUUGCUUGUCAGGAGGCUCGAGCUUCAAUACCAUUGCGGAGGAAGAAGAUGAUAUGGGAGGCGAAGAAAUGAUUUUGCAACCUGACACAGUAAAGGGUUCCCUAGCUGCGAAGAAACCCAUACCAAAUUCUUCCCUGCCGCCUUCACAACAGCAGGAACAGGAGCAGCUUCUUUCGCCACCUAUCCCGCACACAAAAAGCAACAAGGCCUCUGCCAAAGCGGGUAGCGUCAGGUCCGGGGCGAGCGGCAAUACGGGUGUCGCCCUGGGAUCCCGACGUAUGGGUCGCUUUCUAUUCCCGAAAAAACUGAUCCCACAAUCCAUGCUCAACCGUCAGAAACGUCGCACACUUGUACUGGAUCUGGAUGAGACACUAAUCCACUCGAUGUCGCGAGGAACGUCAUCUAGUAACUCUUCACAGGGCCACAUGGUUGAGGUGAAAUUUGCCGUGAGUGGGAUCUCUACCUUAUAUUACGUGCAUAAAAGACCGUACUGUGACUUUUUUCUGACCAAAGUCAGCGAUUGGUACGAUUUGGUGAUAUUCACGGCUUCUAUGCGAGAGUACGCGGACCCUGUGAUUGAUUGGCUAGAGGGCUCAUUCACAGGUCGCUUUUCGCGACGUUUGUACCGCCAGGACUGCACACUACGCGAUGGCAUCGGCUACAUCAAGGACCUGUCGCUGUUGGCCUCAACACACGCACCUCUCAGCGAUGUGUGCAUCAUAGACAACAGCCCAGUGAGUUACGCCAUGCACGUGGACAAUGCGAUCCAGGUUGAAGGGUGGAUCAGCGAUCCCACCGAUACCGAUCUCCUGAACUUGCUACCGUUUUUGGAGGCCCUACGUUUCACUACUGACGUUCGCAACGUGCUGGCACUGAAGAACGGCGAAAAUGCGUUUGCUAUGUAG